UAUCUGAGGAAAGUGAUGACUGACCAAUACUACAUUCAUCAAGUUCUAGGAAGAAAACAACAACAACCAAAAACUGAAGCUCGCUCCCACCCUUUGAAAGCCAGAAGACAGCCAGGGGGGUGGGGGGACUGGACAUCUCUUGCGUAUCUCUGUUCCUCUCCCGUCUCCUCCCAUUCUCCGCCCCUUUGUUUUUUCUUUUCUACCAUAAACUCCCUGGCAGGCUCCAGAGAGCUCCCAGAGCCCCUCAGCCCAGAGCCCGAGGUGCGGCGAGGACAUAAAACGCAAACGCAGACGCACGGCCCGGACCCUGCUGCUGCGGUCAUCUGUCUUCGUGUGCAGCUCUUUCUGUGCCAUGUGAGGGAUCGGCGGCGCACAGCCCUGACGCCCAACGCUCCCGAGUGCCGGACCUCGACCGCGGGACCCCGCGUCUCCGCCUCCCUGGCCAUGGACCUAGCCAGCCACCGGGGCCUCAACCUCCUGCUCAACUUCCUGCUCAUCGUGGUGGUGCUGCUGCUCAUGCUUGUUCUGGUCAAGCUGAUGUAAGCGCGCCUCCCCCGAACGUCGCCACGACGACCGAUGUAAGCGUGCCCCUGGGCGUCGCCUCGACCCGACCAAAAUGCACGUGAAUCUUAAAAUGGCCUGAGGCUGGUUUAUAAACAUGCCAGGGGGGAGCCCCAACGUUUUCUUUUUUAAAUCACAUUUAAAAACAUCACUUUCAAACUAAGUGCUCAUUAAAGUCCUGGGAGAAGUCUUUUAAUUGGAUAAGCUGAGACUGACCUUCUCAUAAGUAGCACAGACAAACUUAAUCAAUAGAAAUAUUCUUCCUAAUAUUAUUUAGAAAUAUGUACAAACUGAUUCUCUAAUUGUGUGCAACAUGGUCACAAAUGAGUACUGAAAACUAAAUGAAAGGCCUCCUAGCGUCUUAUGCCCUCUAGUGGCCAAUAUUGCAUACUGCACUAAGCAGUACCGACAUGUAGAUACAAUGAGUGAUACUGAAUGAAACAGCCAGAAUAAAUCUCUCAAAUCGGGGGCUUUGUUUAUAGACCACAUGCUACUUCAGAGCAUAGUUUAAGCUAUAAUAUAUACAAGGAUCUUCUGCCGGUUGUGAACAUUAGGUGUACAAAAAUAGUGACCUUUUUCUUAAAACCUUGCCACACAAUACUAGAAACAAAAAAGAGGAAUAAAACUGCUUAGAGAUGCAGAGUGGGCACCCAGCAAACACAGCUACUCCACUGUCACUAGCUGAAAGUACAGAAGAGAAUGCAACAAUCUGGACUGCUCUGAAUUUUUAAAAGCCUUCAUAACUUUUCUUUACUAUACGCGCUUGUUGUGUACAUAUGUUUCGAUCUAAAAAUGUCAUUUAAAAAGAAAUUAACAUUUAGCACAGUCACUGCACUUUUUAAGGAUAGUUUUUCUAUCAAGAGUUUGUUGAUUUAAAGUCAGGAGAUAUGGGGGAUAUAACAGACCACUCCUGAACACUCUUUGUGCUGUGGUGAGUGUGAACACAUGUUCUAUUGAAAAUAAAGCAGUUGUGCUGAUCAGCUCUA